AUGGUGAAAGCUUUAAAUCUUUCCUCUAAGGGCCUGAAGCUGGAGAUGUUUCGGGUAACUUUCUACCUCAUCUUCCUUUUGGCUGUGUUCUGGAUUGCUAAUCAGGUUGAAUGGUUUGAGGACCAUGUUAUACAGCGCAAGAGGGAGCUGUGACCACCUGAGAAGGAGGGCUAGUCCCAAGAGCUGGAAGACUUCAAAGAGAGGAUAUGGAAGCAGCAGGAGCAGAAGCUCCUUCAAGCUGCCUGGCAGAGCUCCCGAGGCCUCCAAGUGCUUGAAUCCUAG